AGCAUUUUUGAAAUUCAGUUCUAGCUUUAAUGAGCAUAAAACCGUAUCUGGAGAAUCGCCAUGGGGUUCUUGAUAAUUCCGUUAUUAACUCUGUAUAUCCGUGUAGCUGGGGCAUGGCCACUUGCUCUUCAACUGGUCUUGUUAUUGGACUGUGAUUUUUAAAAUGGCAAAGUCAAAAAGUUUGAGUAAGCAUACAGAACAGCUUCGCCGCCCUGUGAUCUCCAUGAGAUCACUUCACCUAGUAUCCUAAGAGGAUGAGACAAGCAAUGAUGAAAGCGAGAGCAAUGAAAGUCGGCCAGCGAGGAUGAAAUUGAAGAUGCUAUCCCUCAAACAAAUGAGAUAAGUGAGGAUGAACUUGAAGAAGAUAAUUUCUUUCAUGAAGUUAACAUUAUAGAUGCAAAUGGUGUUUCAAGGAAGAAACAAAGUAUGAAACUCAAGGAUGUAUUGAGGAUGCGUGAAGGUGAAAAUAUUCGAGUGCAAAUUAAUGAAUUAGCUCAACAUGUUGGAGCAGCUCGAAAGGUCUUGACAAGGUGGACGACUAUGUUGGUCAAGCAACCAAAUCUCUGCCCACCAAGUGUUAGCAACUUCUGUGGAGUGAAAAAGGUUUCACGUCUUUUGCUAUUGAGAAACGUACGGGAUAAAUUUUCAUUUUUCAAUCAUCACAUGGUCGACAUUAACGUCAUAUGCGACUGAAAUUUACUGUCUAGAUUUACCCUUAGUUCAUAUUAGUUGCCAAACUUUUCCUUUUUGUAGACAUCCUAAAUUAAUCGUUUGCCUACAUUAAAUAAUUGUGAAUAAUCAUGCCAUCAAUGAAAAUUAUGCUAAUAUCACGAUUUUUGAAUAUUUUUAAGUCAUUCAGUAAAUUUGAGGUAUUUUG